GGUUCCCUUGUAAACAACAGCAGGAGCUGCCACAACAUGGAGUAUGCUGUGCCCAAGUAUCCAGGUGUCGGGGAAAGUGGCCUGGAGCAGUUCCCAGGAGCCUUGGCCCUUGGCCAGGACUAUAGUUUUCUGCAGAACAUUCCAGUGGAUGGUGGCAGCCAGUUUGGUGUCUCUGCACUGGCAUUUGAUACCCAGGAAGAGCUGCUUUGGAUGGGAAAUCAGGGGGGUCACGUGACAUCCUACUAUACCUGGGAGUUGCAGAAGUACACAUCUUUUCAAGUGCACGCAACCAACGAGGUGCGGCAGUUGCUUACCAUUGAUGCAGGUAUCCUGUCUCUCACUUGCAACACUCUUCGUCUCAACAACCGCAGAGGACUGAUUGCAUUCCACCAUAGCUCUGAAGAACUGGAGGACAUGCACUGCAUGACCUUGUCACCGUCUGGUUCAUUACUGAUGGGUGGUAAUCAGACGAGCCUCAUUGAACUGGAUCUUGCAACGGGCGAGCAGACCACAGUUGCCGACGUGGGGGAGAAUGGAUGUGCUGUCAUACGGAGGCACCCACGCUUCAUCUGCUGUGCUGACUUCACGGGCAAGGUCACACUGCGAGACUCAUCAACUUUUAAGGUUGAGUACACGUUAGAAUCACUUUCAGAAACUGGUGUGCUGUCUGACUUUGAUGUGCUCGGCAACAUGGUCGUCACAUGUGGCUUUACCAACAGACAUGGUGCACUUACGGUGGAUCCGUUCAUAAAAGUAUAUGACCUGCGCGUCAUGCGAGCUGUGGCACCAAUCCAGAUGCUGUUCCCGCCAUCCCUGCUACGCUUUGUUCCAGCCUUCACUUCUAGGCUCUUCGUUGUGUCUCAGACAGGUCAGUUCCAGCUGGUGGACACCAGCACCUUGACCCAAGCAUCAUACAUCUACCAGCUAGAAACUGGUGGUGCGGCUGUUCAUGCUUUUGACACUUCCUCAUCCUGUCAGGCUUUGGCUUUUGGUGAUGUGGCUGGCUACCUUCAUCUUUAUGGAGCCAGUACUCACGUCAACUUUAAUAACUUCAGUCAACCGACUGAAUUUGCUGACCCGGAAGAGCCACUUCACCCUAUUGAUAUAAAUGACGAGAUAGCCCCCCUGUCCACCAUCCCCAUGCCCUACUGCAGUGGCAAGCUGCUCUCAGACCUGCCCAAGGAGUUCAUUAAGUAUGUGUACAGGAGGCCAGUUCCAAUUGAUCCUGUCAUCUUGAACACCAUGAAGAUGGUGGGGUCCAUUGGGUAUGCCCCAAACCCAGGUCUCUGGAAACGCAAUGAAGUGCGCUACCCGCAUGAAGCACACCACCGCAGGACCAAGGACACCCGCGAGGAGACUGACAUGAUUCCUCAAUGGUAUAAGAAGAUUGAUGUGAAGUACUCCAAGAUGGGCAUUGAGGACUUUGACUUUAACCUCUACAACCGCACCUGCUUUGCAGGCCUUGAGACAAAUCUGCCUAAUGCGUACUGCAAUAACAUGAUUCAGGUUCUGUACUUUACGGAGCCCUUGCGAUGUGCCAUCAUGAACCACAGCUGCCAGCGAGAGUUCUGCCUCGCGUGUGAGCUGGGCUUCCUCUUUCACAUGUUGGACACUGCCCAGGGCAUACCCUGCCAGGCAAGCAAUUUUCUUCGUGCAUUUCGGACUAUCCCGGAAGCGUCUGCCUUGGGCCUCUUACUUUCCGAUUCGGAUGAUGCUCGCAAGAAGGUCAACUUCCCACGACUCGUGCAGAGCUGGACACGAUUUGUGCUUCAACAGAUACACUCGGAAACGCCAGAAUUUCAAGACGACGACAUACAGAAAUCAGAGAAAGCUAGCGAGACGGGCAGCCAGGUGAGCAAGCUGUUUGGUUGGACGCUGCUCAACUCGAACCAGUGCCGGUGCGGCAACAUCAGGGAGAAAGAGUCUACUACACUGCUCUGCUCCCUCGUCUACCCCGACCCUCUGCCACCCGUUCCGGAACGAGUGACGCCUCAUUAUCCUUUCACUGAGAUACUCAAGCGAAGCCUUUGCCUCGAAAGCACUAUGCCAGCCUGGUGUGACAAGUGCGAGAAAUACCAGCCCACGCUACAAAGCAAAAGGCUAAAGUCAUUACCAGAAAUACUGACUGUCAGCUCGGGCUUGGAAAAUCAGCAGGACCUAAACUUUUGGCAGACACAGAUUGAGAUGUUUGGCAACAAAGACAGCAAGGCAAUGUCCUUCUGUUCAUCAGCUCCUGUGCCUAAGCGGUGUCGAUACGGGAACUGCUGCACUCGGGCGGGCUGCAAGUUCUUCCAUGAAAAAGACAAAGGAAAGCGAUAUGUGGCUUCUAAAGUGGAGGUGGACACAAGUGUUCAAAGUGCUUCUUCCUGGCUUCCUUUGUCUAUACUUGUGACAUUGAAUAAGGAUGGAACAGUGGACAUUUGCCGGGCUGACUGCAAGACUGAAGCCUCCACACCUGAAGACGCAGGCUUGAGCACAGGGAAAGAGGAUGGUGCUGGUGGGAAAGACAAAAAGAUCAGCUCAGAGAAGGAACAGGUGGGAGACAAGAAGGAAGAGGGAGACGACUUGGAGAUGAAGGAAGGAGAGGGAGAAGUCGAGGAGGAGAGUGAAGAGGAAGAAGGCAAUGCAGUCCUGUACGAGCUGACGUCGGUGGUGUCUGUGGUGAACAACAGCCGCACCAACAUCGUGAGCUGCAUCCGGGUGGGGCCCUCGUACCACAUUCACCACCAGGGGGGACCGGCCACCCAGUGGUACCUCUUCAAUGACUUCACCAUUGUGCCCAUAUCUCCCGAAGAAGCGGUGUGGCUUCCUUUGGACUGGAAGCUACCCUGUGUCCUGCACUACACACUUGCUGACAUUUCGAACAAGCAUCCAGCAACAGUGAAGGCACCUCUGUCAGCAGACGUGUUCCAGCAAGACAUUUCUUUAGCAGCAAAUGGUGGUCGGCGCCAUGUCACUUUCACUCCGCUUUCACCGAGUGAGAUUCUGAAACAAGGUGACAUUGUUGCCAUGGACGCUGAGUUUGUCACCCUCAACCAGGAAGAGGCAGAGAUACGGAGUGAUGGGACAAGAUCUACCAUUCGUCCUUCCCACAUGUCUGUUGCUAGGAUCUCCUGCCUUCGAGGGCAAGGGCCUCUCGAAGGGAUUCCAUUUAUUGAUGACUACAUUGCAACUCAAGAACAGGUGGUGGACUACCUGACCCAGUUCUCAGGCAUCCAGCCUGGUGACCUGGAUGUGACCAUUUCGUCCAAGCAUCUGACCACACUUAAGGCUACUUACCGAAAGCUGCGCUACCUCGUGGAUGAAGGAGUCAUCUUUGUUGGCCAUGGUCUCAAGAAUGACUUUAGAGUCAUCAACCUUGUUGUACCUGCUGACCAAGUGAUUGACACCGUGCUUCUUUUUCAACUUCCUAACAAGAGAAUGGUAUCUCUGCGUUUUCUUGCUUGGCACUUUCUUGGACUGAAGAUCCAGUCCAAGAUGCACGACUCCAUCGAGGAUGCCAAGACAGCGCUACGGCUGUACCGCAAGUACCAGCAGCUCGAGAGGGAAGGGCGGGUGACUGAGUCCCUGAAGGAGAUGUACGAGGCUGGCCGCAAGUCCUCGUGGAAGGUUCCCGGUGCCGACGAGGAAUGACAGUGUGACCACCUCUGGGCGGCGGUGGAAGGCUGCUGGCCCAGCUUCGAUUCCCAGUGAUGGUCAUCGUAGGCAGAGAGCACAACACUGCGGUUGCCAGUUGCACUGCCUUAAAGAGCUGCCCAGAAAUGCUCAAGGUAACGUGGCAGGUAUGGCACGCAUUGUGCUGCCGCUACACAAGGGUUUCAGCAGCUACUGUCUCAAGUUAUCAGAUAUAGAGCAGAGCAGGAGGAAAUAACACUGAUUAGUCCUAAUGGACAUGAGGCUUAAUGCAAGCAAGUAAGUAAAGUAGGGAAUUUAAGACAAAAUGUUAAUCUUUUGCGUGACAGAAUUUAUGGUAGCAGCAAGCAUGGCGAAGAAAUGAUAAAUUCCAGUAAGCUGUUUCAUCAUCCAGAUUCUGCCAAUCAAUUUUUUACGCAUACAUUUUGCUCCUCCGGAAUUGAACCCAGUCAGUGCUCAAGGUAUGUACAGUUGCAAGAGUCUCGAAAAUAGCACCAGUUUAGAGAUAUUCAUCCCUGAGCUUGCGGUGAUAUGCAUUGGUGCUCCGGUUAUUAUUUUCCCUCAAUGCCCCCCCCCCCCCCCCCCCUUUAAGGUAUGUGGGACAAAACUGUGUAGAAAACUGGUGUAUUUUGUUCUGAAUUUUUGGAACUGACAUAGGUAUCUCAACAUUGGUGCUAGUCUCGGGAUUCCCACUAAAUGGAUGGGCCUCGAGCACUGACUGGCUUCAAUUCCAUCAUUUAGUAUUAUUGUGUAAUGUAUGCUGAGGUCGCUCAUUGGGAGAAAUUAAUUCAUCCAAUUGAGAUAAAGAAGUGUUUUUGUGGGAAUUAUUACCCAAUUUCUUAUUUCCUGCACUGCUAUGAAUUCUGUCCAGGAAAAAAUUGGCUUCUUUUUUUCCUUGAUUCCUUGAUUUAAUAACUUGACAUAGUUGUGGCUGACACACUCUGCAAGUGGCCCACAUUGUGCUAUCGCAUUCAAAAGUGUAAUCUGGGUCGGAGAUUAGCAGUGCCUAUUAUCAUUGCCCACUGAAGCUGUUGGGGAUGGGGCUGUACCAUUUUCAAUUGCCUGGUUGCUUACAGAACAUGCGUAAGUGCAUGUUUGGCUUCUCACCUGUCAUAUCAAGCAGCUUUGGAACUUGUGCCCAUAUACCAAUUACUGUCACCGUACAACUGACAUACCAGCACAUAAGUGUUGGCCUCGCAGGAUGUCCACGUGAUAUGUCAGCUACAAUCAGCGGUGACGUUUUACAAGUGUGCUUUCAGCCAAGAUCUGGUACACACAUGAUUGUAUUGAAUGACUUUUCUUGGCGGAAAGCAAGCAGAAGUGGCUGCUUAUGACUGUGUCACUGCUAGUGCCAUUGUCCCAGCAGAUAAAUAGAAGACAGCUGCACAUUGCAAUGACAGCUCUGCACAUCUUGGUUAAACCAUGUGUCCCUACUGGCACUGUAGCUCAAUCUGUUAAGACUGUAACAUGGUACUAUUUGCAAUACACGUACUGUCAGCACUCAUUGAAAUGCAAGAAGUUGGAGCGCUCAAUUUUUGUACAGCUUAGAUAAGAGCUAUUGGAAUGAGGUGUUAUGUCCAACUCUGACGUGUCAUGAGCUGUGUUUGUGACAAGUUAGUAUUGGCCAUGAAUCUUCAUGCCUACUGUGUUUGCUAAGCUGCACAAAAACUACAUGCUGUGCAGUGUUCAUUUCGGUUGGUGCUGAUAGCAUGGAGUGUCAAAUCUUUUCAUUGCUGCCAUUGUCAUCGGGUCCCAGGCAAGCACAUGGGAGAUCUAGGUUGCGAGCAGCAAUUCGUGCUGUGCUGGAACAAUGUGGAAUUGCAGAAGCUUUGCCCUUUUACUUAGAAGUCAAGCAUCAAUUAGGGACAUGGAACAUAACGGCAUUAUAGCAACUUGACGGCCUGUACUUUGACAGAGUAAUAGGAUCUUGAAGUUUACUGCAGUCGUGUAUAGCACAGAGCUUGCCCCAACACUUGGCAGCGUGUUGCAAGCAUAGGUCUUGUUGUGUCCAUACGUGCCUACUGAGCCAUGCCAGCAGGCAAAAAUUCCGUCUCAGAAAUACCUCUACUUAUGACCUGCAAGUCUUUCUCUUUUCCUUACAUGCAACCAUCCUGAGGUCCUUUGUAGAGGUGCCUGUAGAAAGCAUGGUACUACAAUGAUUAAGAGCAACUUCAGAAGCUAUGGCAAAGAGUCUUGAUAUAAGUACGGACCUUCUUGUGAAAAUCACUUUGAAAUGUUUGCUCUAGGCUGCUGCUUUUCCAGUUUUGCACUGAUCCAACAGUGUCAUGACUUGGUCUCUUUGGUUAAAGUGCCUUUUGAACUGCAGUGUAAAAGAAAAAAGGAGGGGAGGACAUCAAGUGUCGUGUUGUUGCAGUCCUAUUUCUUUAUCAGUGCAUCAUAUUAAUUUUUGCUCUGCAGUUCAAGACGCACUGACGUCCAUUUUGCAGCAUUUCUGUGUGUUCACCAUCUCUGAGUAUGCACUGUAUCAAAUUUCAUGUAAUGGCUGCAAGGUUACUGCAUUAUCAUACGUCAUCCCUACGAGUAAGCACUCUGGCGUGCUCAAAACACUUCUCUCAUUUGAAUAGUUCUUGGCCAUUGGUCAAAGAAACAUCUCUCGAGAAAGCACAAAAUAUUUCUGUCGAGAAUGUCGGAGUAAUUUCCUUCGGGUGCAGAGAGUGCUUGUAGAUGCCCAUGCUGGGCAGUGCGAGCAACCUUUUGGCCUUAGAGGGACCAGUUGGGAAGGGAAGCUGUGACUUGCACGAAAGACUUGCCAAACCUUUUCGACGCAAGAGAAGGCAGACUGUGUGCAGCAAAGUGAAUUUGUACUUACAUGCCAAGUUGUAUACAGUCUCACUAUGUACCUCAGGCCACCCAUUGCUGUCGCAUGUUUUGUACUGUGUAAGCAAGAAUCCAUGAUGUAAGCCUAUUCAAGACUUUGAUACCAUGCCAAUAAGAUGGUAUCAACUGCUGCAAUAUUGUUUGACAAUCUAGAAGAAAGAAUUAGCCAUGCACAGAGUUUAACCGAGGCUGCUUCUAGCAUCUCUAUUGCCACAUGUCUAUUCACUAUACAGUCAAGCCUCGUCAUAACGAAGCCGAAUCCAACACAAGAAUACCUGCGUUAUAUUGAAUAUUCGUUAUGAGCAUGUAUUCCUUACAUUCUGACAUUAGCGAGAAAAGCAUUUUAGAUUUACUUCAUUAUAGCUGAUAAUUCGUUAUAUCGAGGUACGACUUUAUUACACUCUUGAAAUUGGGCUUAACUGCAGAUGUUAGCAUAAUCAGGUUUUAUUUGUAAAAUCUUUUUUCUCGUUAUUAACAAUUUAUUAGAUUUCAUUUUGAUACUUUUGCGUCUGUAUAUCAGGCUAAGUAUUUUUACCAUCUCUUAUGAUGUCCUUAAUAUAUGUUGGCACUUGUUCAGGGUGAUGGAGCUUUGGAGAAAGUUAACUGGGUGUGGGAAAGAUAUUUCAGUCUGGUGUCAUAAUUUAUAUUCACAAAUUCAGCCUUCUGAAGCUGCCAUGUUGCAAAUCCUUUCAAAAGUUCGCCAAAUGUAUUUAUAUUGUAUUUUGUACUGCGGCAAAGACACUCAGCCUUUUAAUGCAUGAAUCAUGUACAUCCUCUGAAAAAUGAUAUUUUGUACGUUUUGGUGGCUUCUCUCCUUGUUUCGAAGUAGGCGUAAAAGUAAAAGCUUGACUUGGAGACUUGACAUAUAAAAAAAAAGUAUUUUCACAAUACAUUAUGAAAGAUCAAAUAAGGUUAAUCAGUCUCACGGCCUUGCUGAAUUAAUCAAUGCAACAAGUGUCUAUGUAUGCUAUACCGAAGUAUUUUUUAUAGUGAGCUACCCUGCAAUGUUCACAUUCAAAUGGAAACAAGCCAAAUGAAACAAUUAAAUAGGCAUAGUUACCUGGGAUUGCUCAAUUAUAUAUUUGUUGGUUUCAUAAAUUAAGUUUCUGGGCAUCCUUAAUGCAUGUUCUCCAUAGCACCCUUUUAUUUUUUUAUGUAUUUGAUGAGCUUAUGCUGCUGGCGAAUAAUUGAGACGCACACGUGAGAGAAAUGAAUGAGAAAACUCCUUUUGCACGAUCAACCGAGUGAGAAACAGGAUAUUGUCUUUAAGCUGGUGUUUAAAUGUGCUGUAGCCUUGAGACUCCAAACUUGAGGCCGAACGAUGCCACUGUCACAUGCAUUCAAGUAUGUAGAAACAGUCAUAAAUUCUUGCUCAUUUUUACUUGGUCAUGUUUCUAUUUGUGCCACUGGAACUUUGUUGCUUUAGUGCUUAUUCCGUGAAUGGCUGAGAAAUCGAAAUGGACUAAGGAACGCACAUUUCACACCAACCAUUGUCAUUUUGUGCAUGGGUGAAUACUGUAUUUACUCAAUUGUUAUGUGCACUCGAUCAUCACUCCCUGAAAUUAAAAAUGCAAUGCCCUUAGUUGUUCACUUACCAGUUUUUCAUCGUAAUAAGCAGAAUACAGUAAUGAUAAUUUGCUUUCUCUUGGAAAAAAGAAAAUUUAUUGCACCUGAGGCACAGUAGGUCAGGCAUCACUCAUUAUCACUGUCGGAGGAGGCUCCUUAUCACUAUCGACUGCCCAGAGCAUCUAAUCUUCCCUUUGCAGACCAUGGCAGCCUAAUAGCCUAAUUAACUUGCAGAGUGAGCACAAAUCUGCCGCAACUGAUACAACUGCAGCGAUGUGUGAAUUGGAAGACAGAAAUUUUGUGCCCAUGAUGAUAGCUUGUCAGUAUUGCAGAUUUAGUUCCAUACUCGGAUCUAACAGGCAUUUAAUUUGGUAACAAAUUUUUCUGGAAAAAAGUGUGCGUUAGAAUUGAGUAAAUAUGAUAGUGUUCUUAAAUAUUUCUUAUGAGCUUUGCUGAUGCAAAUGGGUUUUUUUCUUUUUCUUUCUGGACGAUAUACUCAGGUAAAUGGUACAUUAUUUUGUCUUGCUUUACUCAUGUUUUUGGAAGUUUUUUACAAUGCUUCAAAAUUUGUAAUUGUUUCAGGACUCAUUAAUUGUUAAUGUGUUCAAUUACUGAUCUCAGUGAGCACGUGUUUACACAACUGUGAUGUUGCAUCAAUCGUUCACCAAAAUUGUGUACAUUAACUGUAAUUUCCAUAUGCAUAAUAAAGACAUUCAUUAUUUUUAUUCCUGGUGCUGUUGUAUUCCUCCAUGCUUUAGUUUUUCUCGGGCUCACCCGCCGGGGUGGCUCAGUCAGCUAAGGUGUUGCGCUGCUGAGCACGAGAUCGCGGGAUCGAAUCCCGGCCGCGGCGGCCGCAUUUCGAUGGAGGCGAAAUGCAAAAACGCCCGUGUGCUUUCGUUGUAGUGCACGUUAAAGAACCCCAGGUGAUCAAAAUUAAUCCGGAGCCCUCCACUACGGUGUGCCUCAUAAU